GCUGGCUAAUAAAACAGCAUCCUCGACACUGGGGACGACAGUUUAGAUUAUUAUAUUAAUCACAUUUCUGGAGGUGUGCUCUUCUGUGAUUUAUCACAUAAAUGACCGUGGUGUUUCUUGUGAGAAAUACAUCGUGUUUAUCGAUCCAAAACUGCCGCUCCGCGCCGUGUCUUACCACAACCCGUCAGCUAUAAGGGAACGGCAAGCAAAACAAACAGGUCGACAGAAGAAAGAUAUUGCCGGUCGGUGCUUCGGUCAGACGGACAGAGAGCUUAUCAAGCUUAUCAAGCGUAGCUCAUUUGCAUUUUGUAACGGUUCGCUGGUCUCGCGUCCCGACCAUGCGCGCUCACGCCGGUGAAAUAUGUGGACGCGGUUAUGAUCUGUGGUAAUUAUGUCGUAUUUUUCGCACGAUCGGCCCAUUAUGACGGUCAGUCCGCUCGGGUAUUGUCAGCGUGACAUUUCUUGUUUUUGAAGCGACAUUGCAGUGCAAAGAUCCAAGUAACUGUAUUCGCGCAUUUUAUUGAUAUAUCAACUAUGCAUACGCGGCGGCUGGUGAAGCGCUCGGUCAUUGGGAGCCGCGUGUACGCGCCGGGUUUAACGGGAGACGCGGCUCCGCUCACGGGAGUGAUCCAGGCUGUCAAACAAGACAACAGAGAUGCUUCGACCGGCCAUCGGCGCAACCUGUACACGGUGCUCAUGCAAGACGGGAGCAUGAAAGACUACUCCGAGGAAGAGAUUGCACAGAUGACUGCGAAAGCGCCGCUAAAGUCGAGCUUGAAGAGCUCCUGUAAUGGUGGCCAGCGGGACGGGCCCACGCAGGGCCAGAAUGGGGGCAUGCAGAAAGGAGAGGUGCCCUCCCUCAGUCCAGAGAGGACAGAAGAGCCACGGGUGCUGGAGCACAAGCGAUCGGGCCGAGCGCUGGAGCCAGAGAAGGAUCACACCCGCUCCGUUUCUCUGCUGGAACAAAAACGCAAGGUGGUUUCUUCCAGCAUCGACGUACCACAAGCCAGGAAAUCAGAGGAGGAGGUGGACAUGGACAAAGUGACAGCUGCCAUGGUGUUGACCAGCCUGUCCACUAGUCCUCUGGUGCGGAGCCCUCCUGUAAAAGUUAGUGAGGGUCUAAACGGCUCUUGGAAGGACGGAGGCUUUACUCCAUCCAGCUACAGCAGCAGUGGAUGUUGGAGUUGGAGUGCGCCCAGUGACCAGUCAAAUCCGUCCACCCCGUCCCCACCCCUGUCUGCUGACAGCUUCAAACCCUUUCGGAUGCCCAGCCUCAGCGGCCCACCAGACGACAACAUCGAUGAGCAUGAUGGGAACAGCUUGCUGUUCGACGAACCCAUCCCCCGCAAACGCAAGAACUCCAUGAAGGUGAUGUUCAAGUGUCUGUGGAAGAACUGUGGGAAGGUCUUGAGCACAGCUGCCAGGAUCCAGAGGCACAUUCGAACCGUCCAUCUGGGGAGAAACUGUGACUCCGAGUGCAGUGACGGCGAAGAGGAUUUCUACUACACUGAGAUAAAGCUGAACACCGACUCUGUGGCGGACGGUUUGAGCAGUCUGUCUCCUGUGUCCCCGUCUGUGCUGUCCCCCCCGCCAGGUUUGGACCAGAGACAGCCGGAUGGCACUAACGGUGCAAAGAGUGAGAACGGCACCACCACCCCUCUUAGCCGCUCCGCUCCCAGCGCACUCUACCUAGUUCACACAGACCACGCCUACCAGGCCACAGCCCCUGUCACCAUCCCCUCCACCAGCUCCACUGGCUUCACCCCCUCCAGCAGCAGUUUCAGUAUCUCCUGGCAGUCCCCACCCUUCACUUUUACUGGCACCCCUGCUUCUCCCACUCACAGCCGGACGCAGGGCUUUGGGGAGCAGCGCUCUCAAACCAUUGCAGUGCUCUCGUCUCCCCCCAGAACUGCAGGCUCAUUCAGUAGGAAGUCACGAGGCGAGGGAAAGAAGUGUCGUAAGGUGUACGGCAUGGAAAACAGAGACAUGUGGUGCACGGCCUGUCGCUGGAAGAAAGCCUGCCAGAGAUUUGUUGACUGAAACCGCUGCAACAACUUACACACAAAAACAGGGUGGGCUUCCUUUGCAUGUAUUGCAUAAUGAAAUGCGUCCCUUCUCUUUGUUACUGAGCACAGCCCCAGCCUGCUUCACCUUAAACCCACAUGGACUUCGAGGGUUAAACCCUUAUGCAUUUCCUCCUAAACCAACGGAUGCACUCCCAAUCUUUGCAGAUUUCCAUCUCUUCCUUUGAGGAGAGUUGCUUUACACUGCAAAAAUGAAAAAAGACUUGUGGUCCAUCUCUUUUUAUUUGUGUUCAGUAUACUGCUUAAAAACAUUUUGUCAGCUCCGUAAGGACCAGCCAAGGCAAGACCGGUCUCUGUCUUUGCUCUUUUUAAAAGAGAAAAAAGCUCUCUUUCAGACUUUUUAAAUGCUAUAAAACACAACUGGAGAAAGUGUUUCUUUUUCCAUGGGCACUUUUUGGCAUUCCUCCUGCCCAUUUUAUUAAAGGUUAAGGGUUGGACAGCCAGAAAACCCUGUCUUUCAAGAAUGUACCACCACAGGGGUUUGUUUUGGGAUGUUGACUGGACCGCUCCCCUGAAUGGAAAUCCAUCAAUGCAAAAAAAAAAAAAAAAUUAUGGGAAGAGAAGGACUUUCAGCCGUGCCAAACCAAGCAAUUUCACCUACAUAGGAUGGAUUUUAUAUCUCUGGAUUUAUAUUUGCGUUUACCAAUAGGACAUUUCUUUCAGGGAUGCGAUCAAUAAAAGCAAAACCAGCAG